GAUAAGAGGUGCGUGCCAGUACAGGUUUGAACACACAGCUCCCACCACUUGAAACCCACGUUUAUAGAGGAAGGAAAGAGACUUUUUACUUGGUAAAUAACCAAGAACAAGUUCAACUCUACAAUGGAUGGAGACGACAGAUUGCGUCGAGCUUCCUGGUUCAAUCCAAGACUUCGGAGAUACACUAUCAAAGAGAGGCCGAAAUCAUGGGUUUUUGGAAAUUAUCGAAAGACAGUGCAGGAAGAGAAUGCCAUAGCAGGAGGUACACAACAACAACAAAAACCAAUACCACCAGCUCCACCAGUAAGAUCUCCCUUGACACGCCUACAAUCUGUUCCAUCAAUGAUACAAAUGGAAGUUCCGGCAAGAAAUAAAGAGGACACAGAUUCUGAGAAACGUUUACAAGGCGAAAUAAUUAAUGAACCCAUUGGAAGAGAAAAACAAGAAGAUAAUAAUAUAACUGAGAGUAGAAAUGCUCCAAAUCAAGAAAAAGAUUUUGUUCUACAAAUUUAAAUCUCAGAAAUUGAGAAAAUACUAAAAGAUUUUGGCAAUUGUAAAACCAGUAAGAAAAAAGUGUAAUAAACUAUCCCAAAUUUGUUGAUUUUUAAA